CACUGACCACCGCCACUCGUCGCUCGCACGUACUUGUACACCGCGCUCGCAAUAAAGGCGGAUGUGUACUCGCCAGCGUUUCGCCCGUUUCCUACAAGACAGUUGUCGUCUGUAAAUCGUUUAAUAAGCUUCGUACAUUUUUUGACGAGUGUUGAACGAACGGUCAAAGGCCCCAGACGCCAUUAACACGUUCGUAGUUUUUUUCGGAUCUACGUCGUCCGUAUUCGGCUCGCGUCCGCCCGUGUGUGUGUUAUUAAUAAUAAUAAUAUCAACACACGCACACGCUCGCGUAUAUAUAUAGGUAUAUAAGGUCAAUGGUAUUCGGUGACGGUAUCGCGACCGCACAGCAGUCAUAAAUGUUGCAAACAGAGAGGAUGCCCGACCUGGUGGAAGUGAUGAGAAUGGGCAAGGACCAUCGUCUCAAGCAUAGGCAGUUGCCUCUUCAAGUUGAUGAGAACUUGACUUUGGUGAUGGAUCUUAGCAACGAAGAUUUAGUACAAGAAGUAAAACAAGUACCACCAUUAAAACUUCAAUCUUUGGAUAGUUUUGUGAAAAAAUAUCGCAUGCUAAAUAAACGCGAACUGCAAGAUGUAUUAAAAGUGUCCAUUAAAGAAAUAUUAGAUAUAAUGAGUGAAAGUAUCGACUGUGUUGGGUGUCGUAGGAGUGCUGAAAAAUUAUUUGGUGAAAUGGCCAAACUUGGUCAAAAUGCAUUGUUUCCUCUUGUUGUAGUUAAUAACAACUUUAUUUCUAUAAGAUAUGAAUUUUAUGAUGAAGAAAGAUGCAUGUUUAAUUUACUUCAGAAUACAAAUGGGAAUCGCUUAUCAUCAAUAGCAUCUAGUCGAAGGCAAUCAAAAAAAAGUAAAAGAUGUGUUUACCAUUCCCUUGAGUCACAAAGACUUGUCAGACCAAUGGCAAGCGGGUGGCAAGAUAUAUGGAGACAUAUGACUGAACCAUGUAGAGAUGAAAUAGUGCUUAUUGAAGCUAGUAGUUUAUUAAGCACACUGGAUAACUAUCUCAGAAAACAUAGAUUUUGUGGUGACUGCCGUACAAAAGUGAUGAAAGCAUAUGCACUGCUUAUUGAAGAAGAAGAUCCGUCCAAAGAAAAAGGUUAUAUUGAAGAACUUUAUGCCGGUAUUAAAAGAUGUGUGGGGGACAAACAUGUCCAUUUGGACACUGAUAUUAAUUAUAUUGGUGCAUUGAUAAGCCGUGCUGAACCAGAAUUAAUGGGAAAUCGUAGGGAACGACAUGCUAAAACUAUCGAGAUUGCUCAAGAAGAGGUUUUAACAUGCCUGGGUAUUUGUGUAUAUGAACGAUUACACAGAAUACAAUUGAGGAUUAGAGAAGAACAAUAUACUUGCCAAGUUCUCGCAGCAGCAGCUAUUGAUGGUCUUGCCAGAAGAUUUGAAACUGCCAUUGAAGUAAAACAAGGAUUUACCAAGUUAGAUCAGUUUUACAAUGAAUUUUCAAAAAAAGAGAAAAAGACCCAAAAAAGAAAACGGCUCAGGAAACAAAAAAGAUCACAAAAAAAAGAAACCCUACCAUCGUUGGUAAUCUGUUGUGAUGCUGAUGAUUGUUCAUGUGUUGAUGUGGACGAAGAAGAAAUUGAUUUUGGUGAAGAUGAUAUUGAUUUUGUGGAUGAUGUUGAUGAUGAAGAUGAUGAUUAUGACGGAGUACAAUCUGAUGAAAGAGAAGAUUCUGAUGAAAAUUGUAAUCAUGUUGAUACGAAAUGUACAUGUGAAAACAUACAGUUGAUUGAACGAGUGAGAAAACAACUUAAACUGUCUGGUGACCGAAAGAAAAGUGUUUCAACUCCAAUUAAACCCUGCAGCUGUGUUGAAUGUAAUUCUAAAGGGACAAGAAAAUCAAAAAAGAAAAAAAGUAGCGGAGAGAAAGAAAAACGCAAUAAAAAAAAACAGACAAAAAACAGCAAAAAAAACACAAAAAAAAUUAAGAAAUCCCCAGUUCAAUUACAAAGUCAAGUACAAAAAAUAAAUGUUUAUGAUUUGAUUGAAGAUGAAGAGGAUGAUGAUAUUGAAAUUGAAGAUAUGACCGACCGUCAUUCUGCUGAUGAGCAUCAAUCAGAAGGUGGCGACUGCAAGUCUAGUGUAAUCAAUCAUGAUCUACCUGGCAGUUGUAGUUCUUGUCCAUCGUUAUGCGACCAUUCACAAGACUAUGGUUAUGCAUCAGCUGAAAAUAACAACCACAGUAAUAGUACUAGCUCACCUGACGGUUCAGAUGUGGCGUGCUCUGAAGGAUUUUGUAACCACUCAGGAGAGGUACCAUCAUUAAAAAUUAAGUGUUAUUCUAAUAUGGGGACAUUAUCCUGUAAGUCAUUGCCACUUCAACAGUUGUUAAUAGAAGAACUGGAGAAGAAUGCUAUUGUCGUAGAUGAUACCAUAAUACCGUCAGAGGAGGUGGAGAUGUACAAAGUCUGUGCAAUGUUAGUGAAUGAGAAACGUCUAAAACUUAGGGAGACACUAAAGAGUGGUUUCGCUAAUUUAAAAGACCCUCAGUCCUUAUGAGUCAUUGUUGGAGUGUCAUUCUCACUUCCCUUAUUCCAAAACAUUUUUAAGAAAACCGUUUUAGUUAAUUUUUUUCAUUAUACUUAUAUAAUAAUAUAGAAACAUUUUUUUUUCUUUAUUUGCAUACAUAAACACAAUAUUACGUUAGUUAAUAUUUGUGAAUAAUUUGUUCUGACCUUUUGAUUAGAUCAAUACAAAUUUAUUUAAGAAUAUUUUUUAUAUUAUAAAUUAAAAUUUAUUAGAGGAAUAUAAUAGUUUAUUUGAUAACCAUUAUUAAAGAAAAAAGAAAAAGUA